AUGUCAUCUUGGACUCAGAGAAAUUUGCCACCGCAGGCAUCUGCGCGACUUGCCAAUGUGAAGAUAAUUCCUUCCGUUGCACAACUUGCACUGGCGACCACACGCUGGUGUCGCCCUUGUCUCCUCAAAUCACAUCAGUCAUUGCCUUUCCACAAAAUCCAAUUUUGGAAUGGCAAGUGCUUUGAAGACGUCACUCUUUCUGCCCAAGGAUUUAUAUGGUACAUGGGCCAUGGUGGAAAGUCUUGCCCUUGCUAUGGAGUUGGACAAUGUCACCUUGAUCAAGAUUCUUCUGUGAUUAUUGUACAUUCUUCUGGGGUGUUCACACACAAUGUGGUCGUGGUGUCGGUGUCCAGGAUCACACCAUGA